UCCCUCUUUGACAGCAUUAGGAAACGGGUCCGCAAGAAGACCGACUCUCACUCUCACCGCCACAACAGUCCCCUGUCGUCGCCCAUUGCGCCCAAAGCGGUCGACAUCGACAUCACGUGUUCGCCCGGCAAUAGUCUUCCCGAUAGGCGGCCCGACAUGAGUGCCAACAAAGGCCUCAACACUAACGAGAGCUCCACUUCGACCGCAAACUAUCUGAAAAUCAGUGCAUUUGUCAAAUACAACUACGAAUCGCAACAAUCGGAUGAGUUAUCUCUAGUCAAGGGCUCCAAAGUGACGGUAAUGGAGAAGUCGUCGGACGGCUGGUGGAGGGGAGAGCUGAACGGCGCCGUCGGUUGGUUUCCAUCCAAUUAUGUGUGCGAAGAGAGUUGCGAUUCGGUUAACAACGGUUUGGAUCCAAAUCUAAUGCUUUCCAAGAAUUCAAAAAUAGUGAACGAAAUGAAUAUAGAGAGCAACAGAAGUCGAGUGCCAGUGAUGGCCAGCAAUGGCAGCACCUCUUCCAACACUAACUGUGUCCUCGAUUUAGUGAUAGCUUUGUAUUCAUUUCAGUCACAAAAUGAAGAGGAACUCAGUUUUCAAAAGAGUGAAAGACUUGAGAUAAUAGAGAGACCGGCCAAUGACCCCGACUGGUGGAAAGCCCGUAACCAGCACGGGGAGGUCGGACUCGUGCCCAAGAAUUAUGUACAAGUGGUCACCGACACCAUUGAUGACAAUUUGGAUCCAUUCAACCUCAUGUCUGUCCAAAAAGAGAUGCCAAAAGUUGCGGGACUCGGGUCACCGUCUAUUCAGUCAAAAACUAGAGUCCCUUUAGUGGCCAAAAUGGAUGUCAACGAUAGGAUGUGGUAUUUCGGAACCAUAUCUCGCGGACAAUGCGAUCAUAUGCUCAAUGAAAUGGCAGACGACGGAGACUUCCUCAUCAGAGACAGUGAAACCAAUGCCGGCGAUUACUCGGUGUCCCUGAAGGCGCCGAUGAGAAACAAACACUUUCGGGUGCAUUACGAUGACGGCAUUUACUGCAUCGGACAGCGAAGGUUCGGCUCAUUAGACGAACUCAUAGAGCACUACAAGAAGGCCCCCAUCUAUACCAGUCCUAAAGGCGACAAAAUGUUUCUCAUUAAACCCUUUGCCAGACCUCAGCUCUAAUUAGCACCGGAUUAUAGUUUGUAUUCUAGACGUCAAUCUUAUAAUAAUAAUACGAUAUAAAUAUAUAUAAAUAAUUUCAUUGACACACAUGUGA